GUAGCCCGCUAGGCGCUGCCACCGGAGGAGCCUGGUAGCCAAAGCGGCGGCAGGCUCGGCCCAGAUCUCGCGAUACAAAUUACGCGUCGCGAGAUUUAACUGCGCGUCCCUGAGAGGCGGGUGGGUGUUCGUUCUGGGGGUUAUGGGUGGGGUCUGGCAUCCGGCAUGGAGGCGCCUCUUUUUCUGUGGCUGGCGCUCGCUUCGCCGUGGGUCUGCAGCCAGGCCUGCAGAGACGGUAGAGCCGUUUCUUAGGCCAGAGUGGAAUGGGACGGGAGGUGCCGAGAGAGGACUGAGGCUGCUGGGGACAUGGAAGCGCUGCAACCUUGGAGCCAGGGACCCGGCAGUGCAGCCGCUGUGGCGGCCUAAGAGCUCGAACUCUUUCAGGCGCGCGCAGGAGGAGGAAUGGCGGCGGCGGAACAAGACGGUCCUCACUUACGUGGUCGCGGUCGCCGUGGGCAUGCUGGGGGCGGCCUACGCCGCCGUACCCCUUUAUCGGCUCUACUGCCAGACUACUGGACUUGGAGGAUCAGUAGUUGCAGGUCAUGCAUCAGACCAGAUUGAAAACAUGGUGCCUGUUAAGAAUCGAAUCAUUAAAGUUACGUUUAAUGCAGAUGUGCAUGCAAGUCUCCAGUGGAAUUUUAGACCUCAGCAAACAGAAAUAUUUGUGGUUCCAGGAGAGACUGCACUGGCAUUUUACAAAGCUAAGAAUCCUACUGACAAACCAGUAAUUGGAAUUUCUACAUACAAUGUUGUUCCAUUUGAAGCUGGACAGUAUUUCAAUAAAAUACAGUGCUUCUGUUUUGAAGAACAAAGGCUUAAUCCCCAAGAGGAAGUAGAUAUGCCAGUGUUUUUCUACAUUGAUCCUGAAUUUGCCGAAGAUCCAAGAAUGAUUAAGAAGAGAGAAGAAAAUGGCCAGUAUUCAUCCUGUCCUUCUCUUUCCCCAUUUCUUGAUAACUCUCGUACUUGUCUCUACUGGGAGGCUGGAGAGCCACAGUCUAGUAGAAAAAAGCCUUGCUACAGCAAUGUCAAGAUCAAGGGAAUGCAAUGGCUAAUACCUAUGACAAAAAUGUAGAAAUUAAUUGGAAAUGAAUUUGAAGGCAACAUCAAUAGCCCUCAAUCACAUGAAGACACUCCCUUUGCCCUUUCAAGAAACAGAUGGAGUGGCAACAUGAAAGGAAUAGCACAUUUCAACAGGUCUGCAAAGCAGAAUGUAAAAAACUCUUCAAAAGCCAGCCUACUCUGAUCUUUGCAAUUGAUGUCUGUCUCAGAGGAGGGCCAAGCCACCUGGAAACAGCCGAGAUCAAGCACCAUGGACAAAAAGGAUGGGUCAGAGUUCCCCAUAGCAGGCACUUGCAGGGCUGUGGCAGUAGGGAGCCAGGGGGAGCAAGUCAAAAUUCAGAGCAACAGCUGCUGGUGCAUAUGUCCAUCACAGAACCCCCGGAAUCACCUCCUUUUAUGCCAUAUAAAAGCAAAGGCAAGUUUCUAAGUUAAAGUGAAUUUAACAAUCAAUUCAAAAGUCUUUGGAGCAAAACAAAAAGGAGCUCAUUAAGAGCUUCCUCUUCUGAUAUCCAGAUGGCUCUUAUUCCUCCAUAGAGCACUCAGGAAUUAAGGAAGGAGAUCCCUUUGCACUUUCAACUCCAUCUAGUCAUCCCACAUUGACCAACACAGGGCAACUCAAUAAAAAGAAACAUAAAAAUGCUUGAAUAUCUCCCUUGAAAGAGCCAAAACAGAAAGAAAUGUAUUUGCUUGAAAAUGUCUCUGGAAAUACUAUCUGUAUGGCAAUACCCCUGUUAUCAGCUCAUAACAUAUUUUCUUUAUCCCAAUAUUCCCCACUCAGAGUACAGGAAACCCCAAUGUCUCUAUCUGCUCAAAGUAAAAACUCUCCCCACCUACUCUAAAACUGAACAUUUUUCAGCUUAACUUGCUCAUGUAGUCUCUUUUUCCUUACAUAGGCUUCAAAUGACAAAUCAUCAGCAUAAUCCUCAAGAAAAUCAUUAACUUUUUAAGACCCAACUCUUCUUCCCACCUAAACAAUGUCUGCAAAAAGUACAGGAUUUGGUUGCUGCCUUCAGAUCGCCUCCCAUACCCACAUGAAAACACAAUAGGUUAGCCAUAUAUACUAGAAAAUCAGUCCUGGGUUCAAAAUGAGAAACUAGUUGGUCUAAUGGAUAGAACACCAGCUCAGGAGAAUGAGGUUCUCCUUCCAGCUCCAUCACUUGUCACAAUGUGGGCAAACCAUUCUUUCUGCAUAUGCAGCCUCAUCUGCAUAGGAAGGGUGAUGGACUCAAAGACGCUGACAGUCCCUUCUAUUCUUAAUACCCUACAUAUUUGUGAAUGGUAAAGACAAGAAUGGUCUGGGAGGAUGACUUUCUUUUUCCUAUUCUCAGGAUUUUUUUUUUCAACUGGUUAUAAAUCCUCACAGGAUCAAAUUUUAGAUUCCCUUGAUUUUAAAUUUCUCCAGUAAGUUAGAGUAAGGCUUUCUCUAGUUAUCAUUUCAAAAUCUGAACUCCCUUUAUUCUGAAUACAAGAGCAUUCUCUUGUCUUACUGGGGCUAGGAAAAAAAAAAAAAAAAAAAAAAAAAAGAUGUAAGAGGUAAGAUUAAAGUGGGAGGUACCAGAGAAAGUCAGCUAUUCAAGAUAAGAGGAAGGUGACCCAAAGCUGAGUGCACAAGACCAAGAAAGCAAAUAUACAAAACGCAUGCUGCAACUCUUCAUUCCUAUGGCCAAGGUGGCUGCUUUUAACUCAUCACUACACUUGUUAGACUAGAUAGAGCCUCAGAAUCAUCACAUUCCACUUCGAAAAACUAAAGAAAAUCCAGUCUCCAUCCCUAAUGAAUACAAAGUUUACAAGCAACACAGUGGUGAGAAAAUGUGUCUACUGCAUAAAAUGGUUUUAUUACCUAUGAGUCUAACAAAAGAGCAAAACCCUCUUAAUUAGUAGGGCUUCAGGACCUAAUUGUUCAACAUGGGUUGAUGGAACAGAGAGGGGAUUCCAAGUAAACAUACUGGAUUUCAGAUGAAAGAAAACAGACAAGGAAUAGGUUCCAAAGAAACAGAACAGCUACUAGACGGUAAGCGUAAACAGAUAAAACAGGAAGAAGUUCCAAGUAUACAGG